AUGGUCCCCUGCCAGUCUGACGAAGUGUUUCACUGUGAUGGUGACAAUCAGAAUUGUAUUCCACAGGCCCUGAAAUGCAAUGGGAUAAGUGAGUGCAGUAAUGGAAGGGACGAAAGUGUCAAAAUUUGCGGUUGUUUACCUCAUGAGUUCCAGUGCAACGAAACAACUUGUGUGGACUUGGUUAAAAGGUGUGACACUUUCCGAGACUGCGAAGAAGGAGAAGAUGAAAUGGAAUGUGAAUCUUAUGUUUGUCCACCGAACAGAGGCAAAUGUAACAACCAUCUUUGUGUUCCCAAGUCAUCCAUGUGCAAUUUUGUGGACGAUUGUGGAGACAACUCGGAUGAAGUAAACUGCAAAUACCGAACUUGCUACAUGUCAGAGUUUCACUGUAAUAAUUCACAGUGUAUUCCGGAUCCUCUUCUCUGCGAUGGCGUCAAAGACUGUCUCGACGGCAGCGAUGAAAUUGAAUGCGAAAGCCAUUUCCAAUGCAGUAAUGGUCUGUACGUGCACAAAGACAAGGUGUGUGACUCGCAUAUUGACUGUCUUAUUGAUCAUGACGAUGAAACUAACUGCGGCGAAUGCACAAACCGAGAAUACCAGUGUGAAAAUGGCCGAUGCAUCGAUGCGGCUAACAAAUGCGAUGGAAUAUGUGAUUGUGUUCACAACUGCGACGAUGAGAAUGAAUGCGAUUCGUUGUUGUGUCCCUGGGCUGAGAAAUUUCUUUGCCGGAAAAGCCAACGUUGUAUUCAAAAAGAAUUUCUCUGUGACGGUUUCAAUGACUGUAAGAAUACAAAAGUUGGAUCAGACGAGUUUUUCUGCUGGAACAUUAGUGACAAGUGUGCCGGUUUUAGUCGAUUGAAAUCUGUAUUCACUUGUCCGGAAGGCAGGUGUUUACCUUCGGCUGUUCUUUGCGAUCACGUAGCUGACUGUCUCGGUGGAGAAGAUGAAAUCAACUGCAUACAGCGCCCAUCACAGGAGAGUGGCAGCGGGAACGCUUUGCACUAUCAUUUUCCCCCAAAGCUUCAGCAAUUCAGUAUAGUACGCCUUUCCUGA